AUAACAGCCCUUUUCACGGAAUGGCCCUCAAGCGUAGGGCCGUCUCGGAACAGGUGCCUUCCCGAUCAGCAGCCUCGGGCACUUUAAGGCCGACGCCGCGGCAAUUGCUGCUGGGUAACAAUGGAACCGUGAAGCGGAAGCAGGACUGGGGAGAUGCGCCUCUUCAUAUUUCCUAUCUCUAUGGUGCUGCUGCUUUCUUGCUCCACCUCUGAUCAUCUGGAUUAAAGGAAAGAUACUGAAGACCUCUUUGAGAGCUGCGUCGAGGGUAGGAUUUUAUUCACGGGGAGGCUCCUUCGUCGCUUUUAAAUGAUUCAGAAAUGGACGCCUGCUGGGCUCCAAACGCGGAACCAGGUGGAACUCAUGGCGAUGCAUCCUGUGCUAAAAGCCUUUUUUUGUGGUUCCAUCAGUGGGACAUGCUCCACCCUGCUUUUCCAGCCUCUUGACUUGCUUAAAACCAGGCUUCAGACUUUGCAACCAGCUGUCAGUGGAUCAGGCCGUGUUGGGAUGGUAGCUCUGCUGUUCAAAGUUGCUCGUACAGAAAGUAUAUUUGGGCUGUGGAAAGGUGUUUCUCCAUCCUUCGCACGAUGCAUUCCAGGAGUUGGGAUUUACUUCAGCACCUUAUAUAUGAUAAAACAGCGUUUUUUGUGGGAACGCUCUCCUACUGCCUUGGAAUCGGUCCUCUUGGGUGCAACCUCACGGACUGUAGCUGUUAUUUGUAUGUUACCAAUCACAGUAGUGAAAACACGAUAUGAGAGUGGAAAAUAUGGCUAUGAAAGUGUAUAUGGAGCCUUGAGAAAUAUCUACCAGUCAGAAGGGGCCCGGGGCUUGUUUAGCGGCCUGACAGCAACACUUCUACGUGAUGCACCUUUUUCUGGCAUCUAUCUGAUGUUCUACACGCAGACCCAAAAAAUUGCAUUAUAUGGCCAACUGGAUACAACAGUUGCACCACUUGUGAACUUUGGCUGUGGAACUGUUGCUGGAAUUCUGGCCUCAUUAGCUACUCAGCCUGCUGAUGUCAUCAAAACACACAUGCAGCUCUCAACUGAAAAAUACCUUCAGACUGGCCAGGCUAUUGCCUUAAUCUUCAGGAAUUAUGGGCUGGCUGGAUUUUUCCAUGGUGCUGUCCCACGGGCCCUGCGGCGCACACUGAUGGCAGCAAUGGCGUGGACUGUAUAUGAACAAAUGAUGGCUAAGAUGGGCUUGAAAUCCUAAGUGAUGCACUUGGAAGCAAUUAGUCUACCUUUGUUUUUCCACUUACUGUGAUUGCUUGGUGAGACUCAUAGUGGGAGUAGUCCUACGUGGAAGGAGACUUGCUUAGGCAGUAUUUCUCUGUAUAUUGAAUUGCCAAGGCAGUGGAUCAGAAUCUUUAGAAAUAUGAGCAAAUGGAGUAGAAUAAUGUGACAAAAUCAGGGAGGUAUUCCAGGAAAACUGCUGUACUUGGAAAUUGCACAAACUUAUGUGGCUUGUGUAAGUAUGAGUUGUCCUACUAAAGCCAGUUUACCCAGA